AUGGCUGAUGGUUGGGUAGAUGUGAGGCAACAAACUUUGAUUAAUUUCUUAGUCUAUUCUACACAUGGAAUGGUUUUUGUGAAAUCUGUUGAUGCUUUAGAUUUGGUAAAAGAUGCUAGGACUUUGUUCUCGUUGUUCUGUGAAGUGAUUGAAUGGGUUGGUCCCAAGAACAUUGUUUAUGUGGUGACUGAUAAUGCUAUAAAUUAUGUAGCAUGUGGCAAGAAAAGAUCGGGUUGGAAAGAAAUUGUACGUCCUGGUGCAAUAAGAUUUGCUACUACAUUUAUCACGUUGCAUAGCAUAUAUAUGCAUAAGCAUGACUUGCAAGCUUUGGUGACUGAUAAUUACUUUUUGGAUUACAAAUUGUCAAAGACUCAAGCUAGAAUAAUUGUUACUGCCAUCAUAUUAGAUAAUGGCUUUUGGGGUGAUUGCUUAGAAAUUGUGAAAGUUGUGUCUCCUCUUAUAAAGUUGUUGAGAAUUGUGGAUUCAGAUGAGAAGCCUUCUUUGCCUUAUGUUUAUGAAGGCAUGCAAAGGGCAAAAAAAGCAAUUAAGGCAAUAUUCAACAAUAAGAAAGAUUAUUACAAGCCUUACACAAGUAUUAUUCAAGCUCGAUGGGAUAAGCACUUUAAGACAAAUCUUCAUACAGCGGCAUAUUUGUUGAAUCCUGCAUUCUUGUAUGAUGAGAAUUUUGUUCACAAGAGAAGGUUAAUGGAUGCAAUGCUUGAUGUGUUUGAGUCAAAUGAAAGUGAAGAAAUUGAUUAUAUUAUGAUGAUGAAGCAGUUGAGCUUGUAUCGUGAUCAUAAAGAAUCUUUUAACAAAACUUCAUGUGAAAAAGCAGCCCAGAAAUUAGAUCCUUGUGAUGAAUAUAUGAAUGUUCUAGAGCCCCCAUCUUUGCCUGAUGUUGCUAGUGGUUUUGGUUUUUUUCAUUCCAGUCCUAAUGUCUCAAUGCCUGGAGAUUUGAAUAAAGUUAAUGAUGACUUUGGUGUUGGUCAAUAUUAG